UUGACGACGCGUCUUUCAUCUCGUCUAUUUAUUUGAUCUUAUUGAUGUUGAUCAGCUCAUCACAGAUCACAAACACUGUGACAUCAUUCUCUCCUAGUGAAUCAAUUGCAUCAGUUUAGUAGAACUAAAGUGGAACGGUUCCAAGAAAACGAAUUAAGCCAAUUUUGAACACGAUUAAUAAAGAGUUGUAUGAUUAAUUAACAAUGCCGUUGCAUCGUUAUACACACGCAGUGCUAUGCAGAAUUCCUAAUUCCAUUCAAACGAAGGGCGAGGUCAUGCUCGAUGAGGCUCGAGAUCAACACGCAGCAUUGGCACAAUUAUUACGUGAUUUCGACAUUGAUUUCGUGGAAAUGCCGGCAGAUGAAGAGUCACCGGAUUGUGCUUUUGUUGAGGAUAUUGCUGUUGUUUGCAAUGGGGUUGCACUGAUUGCGAGACCCAGUGAACCAAGCAGAAUCAAAGAGAUUGAGACUAUCAGAGCGGUGUUGAAAAAAGAAUUGGAAAUUCCUCUCGUUGAAAUUGCAGAUAAAAACGCCAGGCUUGACGGUGGUGAUGUUCUCUUCACAGGUCGGGAAUUUUUCGUUGGACUCUCUCAAUUUACAAAUGAGGCCGGAGCCCGGGCAGUAGCCGCUGCAUUUCCCGAGUAUCCGUGCGUUCCCAUAAAAGUUGCCGAGAGUAAGCGUCUCAAGGGUCUAGUCACGAUGGCUGGCCCUGAUGUAAUGUGCGUGGGUGCUGGAAAAGACUGUCAAGAAGCAUUAAAGAGAAUUGAAAGAGAAGCAACAUACACUUAUCAAACCCUAACGGUUCCUGAAGACUGGGCCGCCAACGUCAUUUAUUUGAAUGGAACCCUCAUUCAUCGACAUGAAGACGAAAUUCCUUCAUCGAGCAAAGUGUUCGCCGAGAAAGUUGAAUUCCCAACAAAAUCACUUUGUAUGUCACAGCUAGCGAAGUUCAGCUUGGGUUUAUCAUCUUGCUGCCUCUUGGUACGUAAACCGAAACAUAUUCGCAGCCUUUAAGAAGCUGCAGUCUAACAAUCCGCAGAAUCUUCAUUGUUCAAAUGUUGCGUAAUGAGCAAUUUUCUAUGCUUUCGAAUUGUUCGGCGUCCAAGGAAAUUGAAAAUUCUUUUAUGUGAAAAAAACAAGUAAAAACUUCUUGAUUCAGACAGAUAACGAAUAAGCAGUAAACAUCCUGGGACUCAAAGUAAUACAGAAAAAAAAUUUUUGAUUCAGGAAUGUACUACUUGAAGAUACGAAAAUGCUUAAUUCGUUGAUGAGUAUACUUGAUUCGAUAGUUUGAAUAUUCUCGGUUUGAGGACAUUUUUUUUCAUGCAGAUAUGAAAAUCAUUUGUAAUAGAGACGAUUUAUGGAGUAAGAUUGAAUAUUAUGUAUAUCAAGUUUGCCGAUUUCUUUACAUUCGAGUAUGAUAUCUUAGAGUUUUAAUAUAUUUGAUAUUGAUUACCAUCGAUGAGAGAAGUAUAUACAUGAGAGAGUAAUAUAUUGAAAAGCUGUAGACUGUGCAAGUAAGAAAUUAUGCAUUUACUGAAAUAUAUUUUUCACUUCAUCUCGAUGUGAAUGUUAAACAUUAUAACAAUACUUGCCAAAACAUUUCCAGUGAUUAUAUACAUAGAUAAUGAAUCAUGGAGGUAUUCUGAUUGUCAGUCAAAUAUAUAUAUAUAUAUAUAUAUAUAUAUAUAUAUAUAUAUAUA